AUGGCAACAGCCCAGGUGAGCGUGCGGGCCCUUUCCGGUGAAGUCAUCCUCGCCAAGACACUUCCUUCGAACACACUCUGCAAUGAGUUGCGGCAGCUUGUAGCUGCUUCGCGUCAGCAGACCGCGGAAACAGUUCAGCUGCUGCUCAAUGGGGAGUUGCUGGUCCGUGACAGUCUCACUAUCGAGGGCGCGGUGGUUGAACAUGGCCAGUGCACAGACGGAGCUUUGGAAUUCACUGCAGUGUUGGAGCCGAAGAAGAGAUUUCCACUGGAAAGGUGCGACAGAGCUCCAGGACUUUACGUCAGUGAAGUAAACAACCACCGUGUGACCCACUGGGACUUCGAGGGAGCAGGCGGAGCAGGCGGAGCAGGCGGAGCAGGUGGAAGGAUUGUGGUCGGGGGAUUUGGGCGGGGCUCCGGGCCGGGUCAACUCGCUGGGCCUAAGGGUCUCUGCUUCGACUCCCAUGGAGUUCUCUAUGUUGCAGAAGCCGGAAACCGUCGUGUCACCCGUUGGUGCCCCAGAGAAGGGGGAGCAGCAGGCGGCGGCCAAACCGUCAUUGGCGAGGGCCGCGAGGGCCGCGGGGGCCGCGGGGGCCGCGAGGUGGAGGAGCCUGGUGGCAUCUGUCUGGGCAACGGGGGGGAGAUCUACGUCGCAGAUGUUCGUGGGCAUGCUGUUGGCUGCUGGAGUCAGGAAUUUCAGGAGGCCUGCAUUGUAGCUGGUGGUCGUGGCCCGGGAGAUGGCUUGGAUCAGUUGGACCGCCCGGUGGAUGUGGCCGUCGACUCCAAGGGUUUCCUGUACGUGGCAGAGUUUGGCAACGACAGGGUGACGCGUUGGAAGGACAAGACAUGUGAAGUCAUUGCGGGUGGGAGGGGCUCUGGCGAUGCACUGGAGCAGCUGGCCUCGCCGACUGCGAUCUGCCUCCAAGAAUCCAGAGAUGGCGUCAGCGUCUUGGUGGCAGAGGCAGGGAACAAUCGCGUGAGCCGUUGGACACCUGGGAUGACGCGCUGUGAAAUCGUUGUCGGAGGGGUAGGCUCACUACCAGAGCUUGAAACCCCAAGUGGCCUUUGCUAUGAUGCUGCGGACGGUAGCAUCUAUGUCGCAGAAGCUGGCAGCAACCGAGUGACCCGCUGGAUGCCUGGAGCAACUUGCGGGACGGUUAUCGCCGGUGGACAGGGACGAGGCAGUGGUCUCAAUCAACUGAAUGGCCCCUCCAUGAUGGUCCUGGUAGCGAGGAAGAAAGAAUUAUCUCAAUAUGACAAGAACCGAAAUCAUUCUUCAAUUCUAUUAUACAUAUAUAUAUAUAUAGAUGAUAUUUUCUCAGAUAUGAGAAAUUUAUCAUCACAAAGAUUUGACAUUUAA